UUUCGCUGUAUGAGAAGGGAGUGAGAGAGAGAGAGGAGACUCCCUUCCCUGGCAUUCCCACAUCCACAUGCCACAGUCACUCUGAACAGCUUCUGGAGAACAACGGAGACAAAAAGUCAUCUCUGAACACUGCGGCAGCUCAACAGCAGCGCCAGCGCGUGAUUGGUCUACUUUAUCACUGGAGCCGGUCUGCGAGAUGGUCCUGUUGUCAGCACAGCAAACUUCUUGCCGAUGGCUCCUCUUUGUCCCUCUGCUUCUGGGUGUGGUGCGGUCCCAGCAGGCCUUCAGGACCCAGCCCAAAAACGUGACGGUGAAGGCGGGCGGGACGGCGGUCCUGCGCUGCGAGGUGUUGCGCCCCUCGGGCGUGGUCCAGUGGGCGAAGGACGGCCUCCUCCUGGGACCCCAGCGCAGCCUGCCCGGCUUCCCCCGCUACUCCGUGAUUGGGGAAGAGAAGAGAGGGCAGUACCACCUCAGGAUCGAGAAGGCGGCCCUGGAAGACGACUCCCCCUACGAGUGCCAAGUGGGCCGGUCCGAAAGCAGCGGGGCGCUCGUCUCCCAGGUCGCAGUCCUCACUGUGCUGAUUCCGCCGUCCCAGCCGGUGAUCCAGGCGGAGACGCAGGAGCCCUGGGUGGCGGGGAAGGAGUACACGGUCACCUGCACCGCACCGGACGCCAAACCUGCCGCUGAGGUCACUCUGCUCAAGGAUGGAGUGGAGCUGACCAAUGCUGACUCUGUCACCAUGUCUGGAUCAGUGGAAAAACUCGAGAACACAGAGGCCGUGGUGAGUUUUACCGCCCUGAGCUCGGACCACGGUCAGGAGCUGGUGUGUCGGGCGAAGAACCCCGCCCUGUCCCACGCCCUGGAGGCCAGUCUCCGGAUGAACGUGUACUUCCCACCCCAGGCCCCCGUGAUCCAGGGGCUGGACAGCGAGGAGGUGAAGGCCGGGACGGUCCUCAAACUGGUGUGCUCGUCCCACGGAGGGAACCCCCUGGCCACCCUGCACUGGACCAAGAAUAAGGAGGUGCUGUCCAGCAGCUGGGAGGAGGACACGGAGCGGAGGAGGUCCAGCAGCGUGCUGACGGUGGAGGUGACUCCGGAGGACAACCGCGCCCAGUUCUGCUGCGAAAGUGUCAACCAGGUGUCCCGGGAACCCCUGUCCCUCAGCCGCACCCUGCGCGUCCUCUUCGAGCCCUCCGUGCUGAGGGUUCUGGGCUCCCCGGCGGCCGUGGACGGGAAGGAGGUGAAUCUCUGCUGCUACACCUCCUCCAGCAACCCACCUGUGCAGAUACGCUGGUGGCUGGGCUUCAGAGAACUCAACAGCACUGCGUGGACCGUCACCGAGAGCGACAACGGCGGCAUGGCAACCAUGUCGAAUCUGACCCAUACGGUGUCCCAGGAGGAGAACGGCCUGCCCCUCAUCUGUGAAGCCUUCAACAAGGGGACCCAGUUCUCCAAAAUACACUCCUCCACCCUGCAGGUUUUCUACCCCCCACAGAAGGUGUGGCUGGACGCCCCCCCCGCAGGGGUCCAGUUGCGUUCUGGAACCACGGUUCGGCUGGUGUGCUACUCCACCGGUGGUAACCCCCCCGGGAAACUCACCUGGUUCAAGGGCAAAUCCAUCUGUGACAACCAGAAGCUCGUCACGUCUCAGAAGGGCGUCACUCGGGACCUGGUGCUCGUCCUCCAGCCCAGCGACAACAUGGCCACUUACCGCUGCGAAGCCACCAACCAGGCCAAGAAGGUGCUGUCUGCCGAGACCGUGCUGCACGUCCAAUUCCCAGCGAUCGGCGUGAAGAUCGUGACCAAUCAGGAGCAGACGCGGAUCGGCGACAACCUUACCUUGGAGUGCACCUCCGGGAGCAGCAACCCCCAAACCAACCUGACCUGGACCCUGGGAGCGGAGAAGGUGACAGGGGAGGACCAGCCUCCUAAGAAGGCCCAAUUUGGGGGCGUGUCUCUGCACAGCCUGCUGAACCUGUCCCUCUCCUCCAAUCACAACGGCCGCAGGGUGACCUGCCACGCCUUCAGCUCCUUACUGUCAGAGGGGGUCAACACCUUUUACACGCUCAAUGUGCUCUAUCCUCCUGAAUUUGGACCAGACCAGCCUAAGCUGAUCCAAGUGGUUGAAGACGAUGUUGCCCUCCUCUCGUUGAUAGUCUCAGCCAAUCCGGACGAGAUAUUGUGCGAAUGGACCUAUCAGGGCGAGACCCUGGCUGUAGACGGGUAUCCGCGGUACCGGCGGAGCGGGGAUCUGGAGCUGGAGAUUUGGAACGUGACCAGGAGGGACGCGGGGACGUACACGCCCGUGUGCCGGAACGCCGAGGGGGAGAACCGCACCGCCAUCACCCUGGACGUCCAGUACGCCCCCGGCGUGCGAGCGGCGAGGGACCCCGUGUACGUGGACCGGGGCCGGACGGCGGACCUGGAGUGCGUGGCCGACGCCAACCCCGCGGUCUCCGGAAUGUUCUCCUGGGCGCGGCUGGGGGAGGAAGACGACGCCCUCCCGGGGUCAGAGAGUGAGGACGAGGCCACCGGUUGGCUGACCAUCCCCGAGGUCGCCCGCUCCCACAGCGGCCGCUACAGGUGCACGGUGGACAACGGCAUAGCGCCCCCUGCCAGCGCGGAGGUCCGACUGGUAGUGCGCUUUCCGCCGGUGAUCCAGAAGGGGGCGCAGUGGCGCAAGGUGGCGAGUCGCGGCGACGGGAGCAGCGCGGCCGACGUGGCCUGCCAGGCCGAGGGGGUCCCCAAGGUGGAAUUCUCCUGGGCCAAAAACGGGGUGCCCAUGGAUCUCGGCGAGAAGGAGGAUCGCCCCAAACAUCUUUCCAGGUACCGGGAGCGGACGGUGAGGGAGGGGGCGGUCCACACCAGCAUGGUCACCGUGGUGAACGUGAGUGCAGCGCUGGACUACGCCAACUUCACCUGCACGGCCCGGAACAGCCUGGGGGAGGAUCAGCUGCUCAUCCAGCUGCUCAGCACCAGUCACCCAGACCCUCCGUCGGACCUGCGGCUGGUCAGUGUCAGCCGCCGCGCGGUCACGUUGCAGUGGGCCGCUGGGUUUGACGGGGGCUCGCAGCAGAGGUUCCGUGUCAGGUAUCGCUGGGCAGAUUCGGCCAGCUCCCUGUACGUGGAUGUCUUCCCACCCAGGGACACCACUUUCACCGUCAGCAGACUCUCCCCUGGCACCACCUACAACUUCUCCGUCAACGCCAUCAAUGCCAUGGGAGAGAGCGAAUAUGCCGACAACAACGCAGUACUCAAAGUCACCACCAGGGUUUCAGACCCCGGCGAAGAGGAUGAAUCACCGGGAGACGAUGAAGGUGCUACAGAAUCCUUUGGUUUGGCGCCGGCUGUCGUGGCGGCGCUGUCGGUGGUGGGCGGAGUCUUGCUGGUGCUCAACGCGCUGGGCUGCUUCCUGGGACUCAGGAGGAGGAAGGGGCGGAGCCUGACAGGGGGUACGAGCAGUAGCUUGGAGGAGGAGAAGAAGAGUGAUGAGGAGAGCAGGUCCUCGGCGAGCGGGCCGAACCGGUACGAGAGAGGAGAGCUGGUCAACGCAGCCGCCCGGCGCACCCUGCUGGUGGACAGCGGCUCGGAGUCCGACAGCAACGUCUACGAGAGCUACGGAGGGGACAGUGCACACUACUACUACCCCACCGGCGACUUCCACCCCACUCUCUACCCCCACCCGGAAGGACCUGAUGACCGAGAUGGGGGGUACAGGACAGGUCCAGGGGCUCAUAUCUACGAGGACGUGAUGGACUGGGGAUUGUAUGAAGAUUUGGGAGGGGUGCCUCUCCCCCCUGCGUCGGCCUUGCAUUACCCCAGCCACACAGGGCCGAUAACGUGGGAACGACCAGAAUCUACCCAGCAGUUUCCACAGGGAGCCUAUCAGAGAAGAGCAAGGGCAGCGACUGAUCUGGAGCCACCAAUCAGGGCUCACGAUGCUGUGACCGAGCCUCGCCUUCCCAUGGGAGACUCCGAGCUGCCGUUUGAGCUGAGGGGGGAGUUGGUCUGAGAACAUCUGUAUUGCUAUCUCAAGUUUGUUCUAAUGUUCGCCCUGUCUAAACUCAACUCAUCUCAGCCCAGCUCAGCUCAGCUCAGCUCAGCUCAGCCCAG